AUGGCUAGUAUCAUCGAGGCUUCAGCAGCUCUGCGUAAGCGGAAAAAUCUUAAAAGAGGUAUUCAGUUCACUUUGAUGGUUGUUGGACAAUCUGGGAGUGGGAGAUCUACAUUUAUCAACACGCUUUGUGGGCAAAAAGUGGUGGAUACCUCCACAACUAUUCUGUUGCCUACCGACACAAACACACAGAUCGAUGUGCAAUUGAGGGAGGAGAUUGUGGAGUUAGAAGAUGAGGAGGGGGUCAAGAUCCAGUUGAACAUUAUUGACACGCCUGGGUUUGGGGACUCUUUGGAUAACUCUCCUUCUUUCGAGGUUAUUUCGGAUUACAUUCGUCAUCAGUACGACGAGAUUUUACUCGAGGAGAGUCGUGUAAGGAGAAAUCCUCGUUUCAAGGAUGGGAGGGUACACUGUUGUUUGUACUUGAUCAACCCCACGGGACAUGGGUUGAAGGAGAUUGAUGUUGAGUUUAUCAGAAGACUUGGGUCGUUGGUUAACGUGAUCCCUGUCAUUAGCAAAGCGGACUCUUUGACUCCUGAGGAGCUUAAACUGAACAAGAAACUCAUUUCGAGGGACAUCGAUUAUUACUCGUUGCCAAUCUACAAUUUCCCAUUCGAUGAAGAAGAUGCUACAGAUGAAGAUUUCCAAACGAACACUUAUCUCAGAGGACUUCUUCCCUUCAGUAUUGUUGGUUCCAACGACGUGUUCGAGUCUUCUGACGGCACUGUGAUUCGCGGCAGAAAAUACCCAUGGGGCACACUAGACGUGGAAGACGCAACCAUUUCAGACUUCGUCGUGCUCAGAAACACGUUGCUCAUUUCGCAUCUAAGCGACAUGAAGGAGUACACUCAUGAAAUCUUGUAUGAAAGAUACAGAACGGAGGCUUUGUCCGGUGAAAUGCCACACGCCAGUGUCGUGUCCUCAGAUAGGGUGUUCAGUGGGGUUGACGGUAACCAAGAAUACCCAGGAUCACCAGUUGCUUCGGGCAGAGAUUCGAUUAGAGGAGCACACGGUGUAGGAUACAAUAACGACGUCAACUCCAUGCACUCUAACAACAAUGCCAAUGCCAACAACAAGGACACUUACUUGGCCAGAGAAGAACAAAUCAAGCUCGAAGAAGAAAGGCUAAGGGUGUUCGAAGAAAGAGUACAACAAGAAUUGCAACUAAAGAGACAGGAAUUGCUACAAAGAGAACAAGAACUAAGGGAAAUUGAAGAGAGGCUCGAAAGAGAAGCUAAAUUGAAACAAGAAGGUAUCAAAAUGGAGCAGUAA